AUGUCAGACAUGGAGGAUGUUAAACAUCAAGAUGGAAAUGUGACAGAGGAUAAUAACUCUGCCCCGCCUUCUAAAGAGGAGGAAGAAGCUAUGAAGAAAAAGUAUGGUGGCAUCUUGCCUAAGAAACCACCACUCAUUUCGAAGGAUCAUGAACGUGCAUACUUUGAUUCAGCUGAUUGGGCACUUGGAAAGCAAGGUGUUGAGAAGCCCAAAGGACCACUUGAGGCUCUUCGGCCUAAGUUACAGCCCACACAACAGCAAACACGAUAUCGGAAGUCUCCAUAUGCACCAGCGGGUGGUGAAGGAGGUGCUACAUCUGAGGAUGCAGCUUCAAACGAAUGAAAUGGAAAGCCUGCUAUUGAUGGCCCUGAUAUGGUGAGAAAGACUCCUGAUUGUCAUUCUGGCUGCAUGCCUCCUUGCUUAGGUGAAUGAGGAAAGUGUCUGAUGCUGUCGAGAAUAAAUUUGGUUUCAUGUUGCUGAAUUACUUAUGGAAAGACCUAAAAAUGGCUUUACAUUUCUAUUAAGUCACCAAAGGCUCUUUUCUGUGUCGGUGUACCUCUUUACAUGCUCUACUAUAUUUCGGCCACCCUUUUCUUUUGAAGCAAUAUUGCAGUGUAGAAAGGUUGAAUUGCUGGAUCUGAUAUCUCUAAACAACUUGGGACUGAGCUUUAGGAGGUCAAACUGUUUCAUAAAGCAUAGAUGAGAUGGAAUCACAGGGUGUUUGAAUAGAAGAAUAAUUUUG